CGUCACUAACCACGGAAGCGAAUGUGUCUAAGGUCUUGUUUCACACGGAGUGUUUUUCGUAGGGGACCACAGCUUUGAAGACUUCGCAGCAUGGAAGUGAAAAAUGCAAAUGCUGCCAUGCUCAGUAACUACGAGGUGUUCAAGCUGCUGACCGACCUGAAGGAACAGAGGAAGGACGGCAACAGGAGCAAACACAGCGCGGGGCAUCAGAAUCUCAACACCAUCAUGUAUGAGACGCUGAAGUACUUGUCCCAGAUGCCGUGCAGCCGACAGAGUCCGGACAUGGUCAAGGAGUUCCUGUCCUCCAUGAAGCACCAGAAGCUGACAAAGGCCGAGAAACUGCAGCUCAUGAACCACAGACCACAGACCGCAGUGGAGAUGCAGCUCAUGGUGGAGGAGAGCGAGGAGCGUCUGUCGGAGGAGCAGAUCGAGGCGCUCAUCCAGACCAUUUCGGAACUGUUACCUGGCGAUCCCGAGCAGGAAGAGGCCGCGCCGGCUGACGCAGAGAUGGCUUAAAAGACCGCCGGAGGAGAACUUUUAACGUCCCUUGCGGGAAGUCGCUGUCGUGCGGACGCUCAGCGGUCUGUUUAAAGGAAGUAUGAACAUGACGUGUUUCCCAUAAACUGCCGAGAUACCUGUGGCGGUGGGGGCGUGGUCACCAUGACAUCAUCGAGCAAUUUGCAUAAUUUACUACAAUGAUAUGAUUUUCUCUAAAAAGGCUCGUGUCAACCAGUGUAAAAAGUCAUCGAUCCGAUCAAUAUUAUUAUGUACGGUAUUACUUUAGAGCACGAGCUUGUUCUUGCGAGGAACCUCGUGGCAUUUUCUUAUUACUAUUUACUACAUAGUGUAGUUGGAUCGCAGGAAUAAUGUUUUAUUUUGUAAUUUGGUUCCGUUAAGUAAAUGUUAUGUGCUUGUUUUUGCGCUAACAUCUAAAUACGCCGGGAUUACAUAUGAUACAGAGAACUGUAAUGUGGAACGUCCCCGUGUUUGGACAGUUUGGAGUUCAAACAAAGAUGUGCGCUUCUCAAAGUGCCACAAAGCUUAGCGCGAUGUCGUAAAGGGUCUCGCAUGAUGUCACUGGUAGAUACCAUUAUUGAUCCGAUACGAUAUCAACAGGUAUCAUACGUACUUUAACUGUAGUGUGGAAUGUUAGCGAAGGUUUGAUCAGGUGAAAUUAGUCAAAUAGAGAACAAUGGCAACCUAUUCAUUAUCAACUGUCUGGAAUGGACUUAUGCUGUCUUUAAGUUGAAUAGGAGUGGUAAUUGUUUUGUUUUUUUUGGCGAGUGGGCGAAAUAAUUUAUGAAGUUAAUAUCAUGACAGAGGACGUCGAAUGAUGCGGACACGUUUGUUACUGAAUACUUUCUAAUACGCUUCUGCCUUGGAGACUUUGCAUGUGUAAGUAGUAUUUUAUACUUGUUUAUAUUAACAAAUGUGCUGUUUUACACUGCAAUAAUUAUCAUUUUGUAUGUCUAGCUUGUGUGCUAUUGCGUGCUUAGCUGUUGUGUUGCUGCUAGCUAUUAGUAGCCGACCAUGUUUACUUACUAAUUAAUAAUAACAGUUUUGUUUUAAACCUCCAUCCAUCCAUCCAUUUUACAAUAUAAUUACAACACUUUAUGUACAUAUUUAUAUACAGAUUUGAACAAUAAGUUAUUCACUGAAAUAUAUUGAUUAAUUGUGGUUCUUACAAAAAUAUAUCUUAUAAAAAUAUAAAAGCUAAAAUGUCUCUCAAAGCUCUGCCCCUUUAAUUAGUGCAUACUAAAUAAUUGAACUUUAGCCUACUACUACAACCAUAUUAUUUACCAGCAACAUAAAGUGAAACAGAGGCAGAGGUGUCCUGCCACAGUCAGUAACAAAUAAACAGAAAACAGUAGUGGUGGUAGAUACACAGAGCUUCAUCAAACAUCUGAUCCACUGAACAAAGAGCUCUUAAAAUCUUGAUCCUACACUUCUCUUUUGUAAAGUAAAUCUGAACAGCCGAUACGGGCAUCUACAUCAACUAUAUGAUUUGCCUGAGAAGCUUGACAGGACAAAAAAUAAAAAUAAAAAAUCUAUUUGUGGCGGCCUUAAUUCUUUCGUGGCGGGCCGCCACAAAUAAAUGAAUGUGUGGGAAACACUGUAACGUUUGAGCUGAGCCGUGCAAAUGUGAAACGUUUUAAUUGUGUUCCUUUACGCAUUACAAAGAUAAGCGACGCUUCAAAUAUGUCCAAAACGUGACCGUUUUUUGCAGUGUAUACAACUUAUUAGUACACGGGUUGAGUUUACAAAAGUAAACGCAUCAAAAUGGUCCCUUGCAUCCUAUAAUUUCUACUUCGCUUUCUUUUCAUGGAGGAAUAGAACAUGAACUAGGGCUGUGAAUAUUUGGGCACCACACGAUUCGAUUCUUGGGGGUAACGAUUCGAUUCUCGAUUCAAAACCAUUCUUGAUUCAAAAUCAAUACUUUUUUUAAUAACAUUGGGUGCCAGUUCUAUGAUUAACUACAUUCUUCAACAAAAAAAAGGAUAAACAGCUGUAAUAAUUUUCUAUAUUACUUAAAUGAAAACUGGUUUUGUUAAAAACA